AAGGUGUGCUGGGAGGUCAAAGUUCAAACUGAAGAGGAGGAGGAGGAGGAGGAGGAGAAGGAAAAGGCGGCGUAGACUAAUAGAACGGGAGAAAAGAUGGCGUCCACGGCGGCUGGGAAGCAGCGAAUUCCCAAAGUGGCAAAGGUGAAAAAUAAAGCUCCAGCAGAAGUACAGAUAACAGCAGAACAAUUGUUAAGAGAAGCAAAGGAGAGAGAACUCGAGCUUCUUCCCCCACCUCCUCAACAGAAAAUCACAGAUGAAGAGGAGCUAAAUGAUUACAAGCUUCGGAAAAGAAAGACUUUUGAAGAUAACAUAAGGAAAAACCGGACUGUUAUUAGUAAUUGGAUUAAAUACGCACAAUGGGAAGAAAGCCUCAAAGAAAUACAAAGGGCUCGUUCCAUCUACGAGCGUGCUCUAGAUGUGGAUUACCGAAAUGUAACUCUUUGGCUGAAGUAUGCCGAAAUGGAAAUGAAGAAUCGUCAGGUUAAUCAUGCGCGAAAUAUCUGGGAUCGGGCUAUCACUAUUUUACCAAGAGUUAAUCAGUUCUGGUACAAAUAUACUUACAUGGAAGAGAUGCUGGGGAAUGUUGCUGGGGCCCGCCAAGUGUUUGAGCGUUGGAUGGAAUGGCAGCCAGAGGAACAGUCGUGGCAUUCCUAUAUUAACUUUGAGCUAAGAUACAAGGAAGUGGAUAGAGCACGUUCCAUUUAUGAGAGAUUUGUCAUGGUCCAUCCUGAUGUUAAGAAUUGGAUCAAAUAUGCUCGUUUUGAAGAGAAACAUAGUUAUUUUGUACAUGCAAGGAAAGUAUUUGAAAGAGCUGUGGAAUUCUUUGGAGAAGAACAUAUGAAUGAAUAUUUGUAUGUUGCAUUUGCCAAAUUUGAAGAGAACCAGAAAGAGUUUGAACGGGUGCGAGUAAUAUUCAAAUAUGCCCUGGACAGAAUUCCAAAACAUGAGGCACAGGAGCUCUUCAAAAAUUAUACAAUUUUUGAGAAGAAAUUUGGGGACCGAAGGGGAAUUGAAGAUAUUAUUGUUAGCAAGAGGAGAUUCCAAUAUGAAGAAGAAGUAAAAGCUAAUCCACAUAAUUAUGAUGCUUGGUUUGACUAUCUGCGUCUGGUGGAGAGUGAUGCAGAAUCUGAUACGAUACGUGAAGUUUAUGAAAGAGCCAUUGCCAACGUUCCUCCAAUUCAAGAAAAACGACACUGGAAGAGGUACAUCUAUCUGUGGAUCAAUUAUGCACUUUAUGAAGAGCUAGAGGCAAAGGAUCCAGAGAGAACAAGACAGGUGUAUCAAGCAUGUGUUGAACUCAUUCCUCACAAAAAGUUUACAUUUGCCAAGAUAUGGUUGCUCUACGCACAGUUUGAAAUUAGACAGAAGCAUCUCCAUCUUGCCAGGCGAGCAUUGGGGACCUCUAUAGGUAAAUGUCCAAAGAACAAACUAUUUAAAGGCUAUAUUGAAUUGGAGCUACAACUGCGAGAGUUUGACCGUUGUCGGAAACUGUAUGAGAAGUUUUUAGAAUUUGCACCUGAAAACUGCACAUCCUGGAUCAAAUUUGCCGAGUUAGAAACUAUUCUAGGUGACAUUGAUCGAGCCAGAGCUAUAUAUGAACUAGCUAUUGGCCAGCCUCGAUUGGAUAUGCCCGAGGUGCUUUGGAAAUCUUACAUAGACUUUGAAAUUGAACAAGAGGAAUAUGAGAAUACAAGAAAUUUAUACAGGAGGUUGCUUCAGCGAACACAGCAUGUUAAGGUAUGGAUCAGUUUUGCUCAAUUUGAGCUCUCAGCAGAUAAAAGGAACAAUUUACCACGAUGCCGGCAAAUAUAUGAAGAGGCAAAUAAAACAAUGAGAAAUUGUGAGGAGAAAGAAGAGAGGCUUAUGCUCUUGGAAUCUUGGAAAAACUUUGAAGAGGAGUUUGGAACAGAAUCCAGCAGAGAACGAGUUGACAAACUGAUGCCUGAAAAAGUCAAGAAGCGGAGAAAACUUCAGGCUGAAGAUGGGUCUGACGCCGGCUGGGAAGAAUAUUAUGAUUAUAUCUUCCCAGAAGAUGCUGCCAAUCAACCCAACCUCAAACUGCUUGCAAUGGCUAAACUCUGGAAGAAGGAGCAACAGGAUGAAAAUCCAGAGACAGACCCAGACAAGGAUAUUGAUGAAAGCAGUCCCUAACAAUAUCUUUGAUUUCUUCUCUUUUAUAUUGUACAGAUUUUUGCUAAUAAACUAUUCCCCCCCCAAAAAAAUUGCUAAUGCUUGAAGUGAAAGAGGCAUGUUUUUAACAUAAGCAUUUAAAGAGUAAUGUAAUAUAAGAGUAAUGGAUAGCUGUGAUUACUCAUAGUAGAGCUGAAAAAUCAGCAAGGAGUAACUGCCCUUUGAGGAAAGAGGAGACAGAUCUCGUGAUCUUUAGCUUAGAAGAAAGACAAAUAAAAUGACAUUAUACAUGUGCACAAAACUGAAGUGAGGGUUUUUUUCAUUCUCAUAUUACUAAAACCUGGGAUUAUUCAUUGAAAUUGAAUAGCUGGAGGUUUGGGGCCAAUGCAAACUUUUUGAGAGCAUGUUGCACGUACAAUCAACCAAUUACAAAUAUCUCAUUUAUCAGCAGACAAUUUUACAAGGUUAUAUUCUUUCUCAGAAUUCAAACAUUACAGUAAGAGACAUAAUCAGGUAAUUUUAAUUGCAGCACAGCACAAAUCAAAUAAGUGCUAUUAUCACUAUUCAAAGAAUAAGGAAAUAAGUAUCAAGAUGUUCAGAGUCUAUCAGAGAUUUUAAAAACCAAGGGUGGCUUACAAAAAAUAGCACACCUGAGGUCAACGUAUCACAGAAACAAGUACAAAUGACAGCUUUUAUCCAAGAAAUUCAUGAUCUUCAGCCAAGCAGUUAGUACUACCGUACUUUCUUGGAAUUAUGGUUUACUUACUUCAAGCAAUAACCUACUUCUGAAUAUUUUUUUUAAAGUGUUCUGACAGCUAUCUGGUACUUCUUUAGUCUCUCCACUUUCAUAUUUAGCUUGGAGGAGCAGUGGUCUUAUGGAUCUGCUAGCUAUGCUUCCCUUUCAUAGUCAGAAGAAACUGAUUCAGACAAGAACUUUGGGCCAUGUCCUGGCCCUUUAAAAUUAGUCGAGUUUUUGUUUCUGUUCCUCUAUUACUUCCUUGCAAAAAAAGCCUUCUGGGGAAGCCAUUCUUAAGCCAUUCUUUGCUCUCUAUUCCAACUCUCCAGUAUGUUCUUAAUGCACAUCUUCCUUCUCAUGGGCAUUCAAGAGAUAGCAAAAAAUGUAGCUGGGGGGGGGGGUCUUCAAACUUGGCCCUUUUAUGACUUGUGGACUUCAACUCCCAUUGAAUUCUGGGAGUUGAAGGGCCAAGUUUGAAGACCCCUGAUGUAGCUCAUAAUAUUGUGAUAUCACGUACUUGUAUUCUUGGGCAAGUACAAAACUUUGAAGCUUUUGUCAAGAUGUUUAUUUGGAACAGAGGCUGGCUGUUGACGGCUAUGUAAUUUAUGUGACUUAGGUGGCAAUUUCCAUUUUAUUGUCUAAGAAUUAUGGGGACAAAAGGCAUUUUUGUAAAUAAAAAUGUUAAAUAUUGGUACUUUGUAGCAUGCCUAUUUUCUUUUUUUUAAUUAAAAGGAUCUGAAAAAAAA